AAAAACAUUUUUAAUUAAAAUGAAUCAAGUUUAUAAGACCUCUUCAUCUUCUAAGGAAACUAUUAGGAAUGUAAGGGGGAUACUGAAGAUACUUAUUUUUAUAACUAUUUCAGCUUCAUCUAUUCUUCCUAGACUAUUUUCUGUUAUAAAAUAUGAAUCUAUUAUUCAUGAAUUUGAUCCAUGGUUUAAUUUCCGAGCUACGAAGUAUAUUAUUUCUUCUUCUCUAGAUGAAUUUUGGAAUUGGUUUGAUGAUCGAACAUGGUAUCCACUUGGCCGUGUAACAGGUGGAACUUUAUAUCCAGGACUGAUGGUAACGUCCUACAUUAUUCAUUCAAUAUUUCAUUUUUUCAAUUAUCCUAUUGAUAUACGUAACGUUUGCGUUUUUUUUGCUCCAGCAUUCUCUAGCUUAACGACAAUCGCAACAUACUUUUUUACAAAAGAUUUGAAAGACGAGUCGUCCGGACUUUUAGCGGCUGCAUUAAUUGCUAUCGUACCAGGAUACAUUUCAAGAUCUGUUUCAGGAAGUUACGAUAAUGAAGCGAUUGCCAUUACCCUUCUUAUGACAACAUUUUGUUUAUGGAACAAAGCUAUAAAGACAGGAAGUUCCUUCUUUGGUUCAUUAACAGCCUUUUUUUAUUUUUAUAUGGCAGCAGCUUGGGGUGGUUACGCUUUUAUUAUAAACAUGAUCCCUUUACAUUGCUUUUGUCUUAUUUUAAUGGGCCGUUACUCAUCGAAAAUAUACGUAGCGUACUCUAGCUUUUAUACUUUAGGCACACUAAUGUCAAUGCAAAUUCCAUUCAUUGGAUUUCAGCCAAUUCGUUCUAAUGAGCAUAUGGCUGCUCUCGGUAUUUUUGGCCUAAUACAACUUAUUGCUUUUACAAACUUCAUACGAUCUCAUAUCUCUGAUAAAAAAUUUCAUGAUCUCCUUAAAUAUAGUGUAUUCUUUAUAUUUUUAUUAUCUUUUCUCUUGUUGAUAGUAUUAACAAUAACGGGAACUAUUUCUCCAUGGACAGGUCGUUUUUAUUCUUUAUGGAAUGCCGAUUAUGCAAGAAUUCAUAUUCCUAUUAUUGUUUCUGUUUCAGAACAUCAGCCUACUUCUUGGUCAUAUUUUUAUUUCGAUUUUUCAUUAUUAAUAUGGCUAUUUCCUGUUGGAGUUUUUUUUUAUUUUCAGAAAUUAGAGAACGAACAUAUUUUUGCUAUAAUUUACAGUAUUAUGGCUAGUUAUUUUUCGGGAGUAAUGGUUCGUCUUAUAUUAGUAUUAGCACCUAUUGUAUGUGUCUCGUCAGCACUUGGUUUAUCAUUAUUGUUAGACAAAUAUUUAGUAUUUCCAGAAAUUUGGUUUAAAAUAAUAUCUAGUUCGUCUAAAGCAAAAUCGGAUGUAUCUACUUCAAAAGCAAUUUAUCAAAAAGCGCAGAGAUCCAUAGAAAAACGGAAAUACUAUAUAUCUAGCACAUUUAAAACAUCAAAAGGCAUGUCUAAUGAAUUCGUUAAAUCACGAAUUCCAAAGGUUAUAUUAAUAGCCACAUUUUUUUAUUAUUUAGUAAUGUUUGUUAAUCACUGCACAUGGAUCACAUCUAAUGUAUACUCUUCACCAUCUGUAGUUUUAUCAGGAUCUACAUCACAAGGAAGGGAUUAUAUUAUUGAUGACUUUCGAGAAGCAUAUUAUUGGUUAAGGCAAAAUACUCCAUAUGAUACAAAAAUAAUGAGUUGGUGGGACUAUGGUUAUCAAAUUACUGGCAUGGCAGAUAGAAUUACCUUAGUUGAUAAUAACACUUGGAAUAAUACCCAUAUCGCGACAGUAGGCAAAGUGAUGGCUAGUCCGGAAGAAAUUUCAUAUCCAAUUUUAAGAAAACAUGAUGUAGAUUAUAUUCUUAUUAUUUUUGGGGGAUUAUUAGGUUAUUCAGGAGAUGAUAUAAAUAAGUUUCUUUGGAUGAUUAAAAUUGCAGAAGGUAUAUGGCCAAACGAAAUAAAAGAAAGUGACUUUUAUUCCUAUUAUCAUGGAUAUCGAGUUGACGAAUAUGCAACUCCUGUUAUGAGGAACAGUCUUUUAUAUAAAAUGUCUUAUUACAACUUUAAUAAAGUAUACGGUAAAGGCCAUUCAUAUGAUUUAGUAAGACAACAAAAUAUACCUUCAGAUGAUAUUUCAUUGAAUAUAUUGGAAGAAGCCUUUACCACUGAAAACUGGCUUGUUCGGAUUUAUAAAGUUAAAAGUCCAGAUAAUUUAGGAAGAGAUACUUUCACCAAAAAAAUACAAUCGAAUCAAAAUACAGACGAAAUCCAUAAAAUAUUAAGAAUUAAUUGA